GACACACGGGGAGAUGAUCGGCAACUCUUCUCUCUAUGAAAAUGCCACUAGAACGUUGAAUUGCAGCACAGGCUACAGCCCCCGUAACACCACAAACGUAGUUAGCAAAUGUGCAAAUGGCCAAUGGACGAAAAUAACGGAAUGUGUUAAAGACUGUCCGUCAUUUAUCACUCCAAAGAAUGGAACCGUUGAAGGUGAUUCGUUAAAAGUCGGGUCUACACGAAAUCUGACAUGUGUCGAACAAAAUGGAUACCAGCUGCUUAACAGUAGCGAUAAGACAAGCGUUUGUGAUAACGGCACUUGGUCAGCAAUGACGAUAUGUGUACCUGCUCAGUGUAAUAAACCACAGAAUAAAGUACAAAAGACUUCGAAGUGGAACAAUUCCCAGUACCUGUUCCAUUCUCAAAAAGAAACAAUUACGAAUGCUGAAGAUAUUUGCAAGAUAUGCGGAGGUCAUGUGAUCAUAAUCGAUGACGAGAAUGAACAAAAUUGGACUGUGAGCGAGUUACGCCCUUUUGCAACAGGUGAGGAUUAUUCUGUCUGGUUAGGAAUAGAAAACGACGCAGGAAAUCGCACCUAUAGGAAACAUGAACAUGAUAAAACAGAAUUGUCUUACACAUAUUGGGAUAAAGGCCAACCAAACAUCGAAACAGAGAAGUGUGUUAUCUUUGGAAAACUUCAAGAAUGGAGAUGGUCGGAUGUCGGAUGCUCCCAAUUAGUAAAACAUUUUGUAAUAUGUGAACUACAUAUCUGAUUAUAUUUUCAUAGAUGUGUAUUAACUUGUCUGUCAUUUUUUAAACAACUUUUCAAGCAAGGCAAUCUGAAAACAAGUUGUAAAGUGUGGUAUAUGUUGUGUGACAAUUUCAAUGGCCACAUAGAAGCAAACACAAAUUGAUACUCAGAUAUUCAUAAUAGUUGUCAUUCCAAGUAAAGUAUUUAUGUAUGCACUUACCGAAGGAAUCUCGAUGAAAAUGUAAUGCUCGAUUUUAAAACUAUUGUUUUGUCAACGCAUGUAUUUGUGUAGUUAUUGUACGAGAACUAUAUAUGCAUUCACUCCGUCCCUCUGUAUGCAACGUGCUUUAAUCAGCACGAAUAAAUGCCGCAUCUGAUCAUAAUACAACGAUAUGGCGUCGAUUCGAGUGAAUGGCUCCUUAUGCAUUCAUACAAAUCAAACAUAUACUUUUCAUCGAGACUAAAGUGAAUGAAAUAAGGCAGUAAACAAGGCUGAACAUGACAAGUGUAAUAACAUUUAGGUUAUAUUUUACUAUAAUUUUAUAUUGUACCAUAACACAAGUAUAUUUUUGUUUAAUAUAUUAUACAGAAAUGGUUAUUUGUAGCGAUUAUGAUAGAGCGCGUUUUAUCACGUGCAUUUCAUUAAACAAUUUCCUUAUUUCUUGAAAAACAUUCUUAAAACAUUACGUUCUGACAUAAUUAUUGAA